AUGGCCGAAGCGAGCGGCAGGGAUGCGGGUAGUGGCCGUGAGGAGCGCGCGCCGGAGGGCCUGCCCCCGGACUCGGCGCCACCUGGCACCCCCGUUUCGAGAGUGAAGCUGCUCGACACCAUGGUGGACACGUUCCUCCAGAAGCUCGUCGCUGCCGGAAGCUUCCAGAGGUUCACCGACUGUUACAAGCGCUUCUACCAGUUGCAGCCUGAUGUGACCCAGCGGGUCCAUGACAAGUUCAUUACUCAGUUGCAGACUUCCAUCUGGGAGGAGAUCACCGAGAUCAAGCAGGAGGGGAACAUGGAGGCCGUCCUGAAUGCUCUGGACCAAAUUGUGGAGGAAGGCAAAGGCCGCACAGAGCCAGCCUGGCGGCCCAGUGGGGUCCCCGAGGAGGACCUGCGCAGCACCAUAGUGCCCUACUUCCUGCAGCAGCGCGACACCCUGCGGCGCCGGGUGCAGAGACAGGAGGUGGAGAACCAGCAGUUGGCAGAGGCCGUUCUGGCCAGGCGCAGGCAGGUGGAGCAGCUGCAGCUGCAGGUGCAGGCCCGGCAACAGGCCUGGCAGGCACUAUACAGAGAACAAAGGGAGCUGGUGGCUGUGCUGAGGGAGCCUGAGUGAGGAGACCACUGCGCCCAGGCACAGAGGGCAGCCAAGGUCCAAGGCUGGUGACCCCAGAUGGAGGAGGUGCCACGGGACUGGGAGAAUGGCGUCCAGUACCUGAGCAGGGACGGAGGAGAGGGCCGAACCAGUCUACUGCCCCACAUCUCACCUUUGAAACCUUCUGGGGCACACAGCACACUACCUUCCAUUCCCCCAUUUUCUUGGCCAGCAUGCAAUUGGGACAAAACAGGGUCCCCCUAUCCUCCCUGCAGUUCCUGGCUUGGGGAAUCUGGUUUUAAUUUCCACUGAUUAUCCCCUGGCUGGCCAGCCUUCCCUUGUUCUCCCACAUCCGGAAAUAAACUUCCUCCUCUACACUGUAA